AUGGAGUUUAGUGAGAAACCGGGUGCGAGUGUCGGGUCGAGCCCCGAUAUGCGCCAUAGAAAGAAAGCAGAGGAGAUGAGGGAGACCAAACUAGCAGCGGUCACGUCGUACACUUCCUUGGGCGAGUCCCGUGCGGAUAUCCGCCACAGGAUGUCCUUUGAGUCCGGGGAGGACGGCGAGUCCGAGGAACAGACAGGGUACGUGCACGACGCAGAGGUCAAGCGGGAGUUGAAGCAGAGACACAUUGGGAUGAUCGCCCUGGGGGCGACCAUUGGUACUGGUCUUUUCAUUGGGUUGUCCACACCACUGAAACAGGCAGGUCCAGUCGGGGCACUGAUCUCGUACAUAUUCAUGGGGACACUAGUGUACAGUGUCACGCAAUCAUUGGGGGAGAUGGCCACUUUCAUCCCUGUGACGUCCUCAUUCACAGUGUUCGCACAGAGAUUCUUGUCUCCGUCCAUAGGUGCAGCGACUGGGUACAUGUACUGGUUCUCCUGGGCGGUCACUUUCGCGUUGGAGCUCAGCGUAAUAGGACAGGUCAUUCAGUACUGGACGUACGCCGUCCCAUUAGCAGCAUGGAUCAGUAUAUUCUGGGUCGUCAUCACCGCGGGGAACAUGUUCCCAGUUAAAUACUACGGUGAGGUAGAGUUCUGGAUCGCGUUCAUCAAAGUCAUUGCCAUCGUGGGGUUCCUACUAUACUGUUUGUGUAUGGUCUGUGGGGCAGGCGUCACGGGGCCCGUAGGGUUCAGGUACUGGAGGAACCCAGGCCCAUGGGGGCCAGGGAUUAUCUCCAAGGAUAAAAACGAGGCAAGGUUCUUAGGGUGGGUCUCCUCGCUUAUUAAUGGUGCUUUCACUUACCAGGGCACAGAAUUGGUAGGGAUCAGUGCUGGGGAGGCCGCGAACCCUAGAAAGGCAGUGCCACGUGCCAUCAAGAAAGUUGUGUUCAGAAUCCUGUUUUUCUACAUUGGGUCGUUGUUCUUCAUUGGCCUGCUUGUCCCUUACAACGAUGAUGCAUUGAAUAACACGGAUAGUUACGUCGCGUCGUCGCCCUUCAUAAUAGCCAUCAAGAACAGUGGUACACCUGUUCUGCCGCACAUCUUCAACGCUGUCAUUGCUUGUACAAUUGUCUCCGCGGGGAACUCAAACGUCUACGUCGGGUCCCGGAUCUUGUUUGGGUUGUCCAAGAACAAAUUGGCACCGAAGAUAUUGUCCAGGACCACCAAGGGCGGUGUCCCCUGGAUCGCUGUGCUUGUGACAUCAGUGGUAGGAGCGUUAGCGUACAUGGAAACGUCUACAGGUGGUCAAAACGCAUUCAACUGGUUACUAAACAUUACCGCGGUAGCCGGGUUCUUUACAUGGCUGUUCAUCUCUUUGUCGCAUAUCAGGUUCAUGCAAGCGCUUAAGUACCGUGGUAUAUCAAGGGACGACUUACCCUUCAAAGCGGCUUUAAUGCCUGGGUUGGCGUACUACGCUUCUUUUCUAAUGUUUGUCAUCAUCAUCAUCCAAGGGUUUACCGCUUUUGCUCCAAAGUUUAGCGGGAGUGAUUUCGCAGCCGCUUAUAUUUCCAUCUUUUUAUUCAUAGGCAUCUGGUGCCUAUUCCAAAUUAUAUUCCGUUGCCGCUUUAUUCAUAAAGUAGAGGAUGUCGAUAUAGACACGGACAGAAGGGAUAUCGAGGCAGUCGUGUGGGAAGAUGCGGAACCGAAAACCGUUUGGGACAAGUUCUGGAACAUCAUUGCGUAA